AUGUCCGGGGCAAGGCAUUGGGAGCAAGAUAAGGAUUCCACCAUCUACAUUGGUAACUUGGAUGAGCGCGUUACAGAUUCCCUCGUUUGGGAACUCUUCCUGCAGGCGGGCCGAAUUGUGAACGUUCACUUACCCAAAGAUAGGGUGACACAAUCUCAUCAAGGAUAUGGCUUUGUGGAAUUUAACUCAGAAGAAGAUGCCGAAUAUGCCGCCCGCAUCAUGAACCAGGUCCGACUCUAUGGAAAACCCAUCCGUGUGAACAAGGCCAGCGCCGACAAACAGAAAUCUGUCGAAGUUGGUGCAGAACUCUUCGUUGGCAAUUUGGAUCCCAUGGUUGAUGAAAGGAUGUUGUAUGACACAUUCGGUCGGUUUGGCACGCUUAUUGCGGCUCCAAAGAUUGCCCGAGACGAAAGCAACUUGUCAAAAGGGUAUGGCUUCGUCUCGUUUUCCAACUUCGAAGCUUCUGAUGACGCCAUUGCCAAUAUGAACGGCCAAUACCUCAUGAACAAGGAGGUGUCCGUUCAGUAUGCUUAUAAGAAGGACGGCAAGGGAGAUCGACAUGGUGACCAAGCCGAGCGAAUGCUCGCAGCUCAGGCUAAAGCUCAUGGAGUUCAGCCUACUCCUGCUACCAUCCCCAUUGGCAAUCCCAUGUUUGGCGGUGUUCCACAGUCUCCUGCGACUGCAACAGGCUUUGGGCAACCAAAUGGAAAUUUUCAAUCGAUUCCCCCUCCAGCGCAAAUGAGGCCACCACCACCAAGUGUGCCACUGGCCGCUCCUCCCAGUGGUCUUCCCGCGAGACCACCUCCGAGUCAGGCCGGAUAUGGUGGUCCUCAACAUUUUAUGCCGCCUGGAUUCAAUCAAAUGCCUGGGUUUCCUCAGCUGAACACUGGACCUCCUCCUGGUUUUGCCCCUCCUCCUGGUUUUGGUGCUGCGCAGGUUGCUUCAAUACCUUCGGCUCCCCCAGUUCUGCCACCCGGAGGAUUUUCAGGUUAUGGGAUCCGAAAAUAG